UAUAUAUAGAUUAAUUAAACCCUCGCAUUCUCUCAAAGGGUUUUAUACUACUGAAAUCGGAAGCAUAAUUUCUAGCUCGAGGAGAAAAAUGGCGAGAGCUGCGAUGUUCCGUUUGCUUAGAUCUCAGUCUAAAACCUUCUGUUCAGGCAACCACCUCCCUAGGGUUGGUCCGUGGGCCGAUGCACUAUGCUCCAAAACCAAUGCCAACUCUGCAGUGCAGUUUUCUUCCAUACAGAGACGAUUUAUAUCUCGAUCAGCUGCAGUAGCAGAUAGGAACAAGAUUAGUAUCGGGCGUGAAAACGGGGGAGAAGAGGGAAAUGAUAUCAAGAACUAUGAGGUUGUUUACAACGGUCCUAUAUCAAAUACAAUCAAGAAAGUGAAGCUCCUCUCACUUUCAACGUGCUGCCUCUCAGUGUCACUAGGCCCCAUCGUCACAUUAAUGACAUCUCAAGCCUCGAAUGUGAUUCUAAAGGGCGCAGUUGCAUCUUCGGUCAUAUUUUUAAGUGCUUCAACCACUGGUGCCCUUCACUGGUUUGUGAGCCCUUAUGUCCACAGACUCAGAUGGCAGCCUGGCUCUGACAGCUUCGAGGUCGACAUGAUGUCGUGGCUGGGCACAUAUUUAACCAGGACCAUCAUGUUUGCAGAUAUCCGACCUGCAGAGACCCAGAGGCCAUACGUAUCAUUCAAGGCUAAUGGCAAUUUCUACUACAUCGAUGAAGAGCAUUGUGAUAACAAGGCAUUGCUAGCAAGGUUGAACCCUCAUGACCGGUCUCGUGAUACUGCUUUCAAGAACUUGUGAGGUUCCGUAUUUACAGCUGUAACUCUCCUCCUUUCUCCGCAUGAACGCAUUCAAAACUCUCCCGUGAAGUUUCAGCCUUCAGGCAUGAAAUAAGGUUAUCCCGGUAUGUCACAAGGAUUACCCCCCUUUUCAAGCAGACACAUAUAAAACAUAUAUUUCUGCAAUUUUGAACAUAUUUCCUCUCAUUUUACAUGAAGAUGUUCCUCUGUGUGAAAUCUUUUUUGCGUUUAUAUGACUGCUUUUAUCGGCAUGGUUUAUUACGCAGUCAGCCUAGCUUCUCUCUCGUUAACAUCCUCAGUUAUAAACCAGUUCUUGAUUUUGACCCUAUAUAGAUGAUUGAAGUCAUGUUCUUCUAUUUAAAGUGUUUGCCUUUUAAGUUGAGUUUCAAAUGAGAUGACAUACAUAUCAUGAAAAUUCAGACACUAAAACAAAAUGAUGAGUUAGGUUGCCUAUUAUUCCUACAAUGUGGAAGGAUUGCAACCUUAGGUUUUCUUCUAUGACAGAAGUUAUAGUUAUAGAAAUAUGAACGAAGCUUGGUUUUGUGUAUUUAAGCCCUUAUUCUUUGCCUGGCAUGUGUCCAUCUAAGACAACCCAGUGCUAAAUGAUGGAGUUAGGUUGCCUAUGUUUUUCCUACAGUGUGGAAGGACUGGAACUUAUGUUUUCUUCUAUGGCAAAAGUAAUAGCUAUAGAAAUGUGAACGAAGCUCGGUUUUGUGUCUCUAAACCAUGUUCUUCGCACGUCGUGUUUGUAUCCAACUCGACCCAUUGCUCUCCACAUGGCAUGCGUAUACUUAACUCGACCCCAUGUUCUUUGCACGCCGUGUGCAUAUUAUCAUCUUAUUUGAUUAUAAGGUUGAAUUGACUUGAGAGGUGCUGAUAUAGGAGCAGUGAGUUUUUUUUCUCUCGUUUUCCAGAAUAAAUUGUAUAGUUUGAAAAAUAUUUUCAAGCCGUUUGUUUGUUUUGUUUGCGAGAGAGAGACUUCGUUGUAAUCUGUUUGACUAAUAAAUUUGACUAAUCUGUUUUCUUUUCCUUAAA